UCUGAUGUUUAUUAAUUUUACCUGCAUGGCUAAUGACCAACGAAGCCCUUCUGAUAUCGUCUGCAAUGGAUUCUUUAUAUCGAUAAUACUCUACAGUAAACUGACCAGUUGAGCAAGUUUCUGGUUCAAACUCUCCUCUCCCAAUUUGUAAUAAAAGCUUUUUGUAACCGAGUCUUUUAAAAACCUGGAACAUAAAGAUAAACCAGUUUUUUUACAGAUAUCGGGAAUUAUUUUCGGGUAAACAAGAAGGAAUAGCACUUCUCUAACUACUACCUCGCAUAUAGUAGGACUUGAAGCUGUUUCAACGAGACGAUCAAAACUUGUAGUGCCAACAGUGACAAAAACAAGAUUUUGCUCGUCCGCCAUGUUGUUUGUUGCGAUUCACUUGACCAGCGGAUUGUUUACCCGACAGAGGGACACCUCGCCUCGCUUCAGAGUCUCAAGCCUCGAUCUGAAGUCAUGCCUCGAUUUCGUUAUGUAAAUUAGUUCACACGAAGAAAAGGUGGUCGAAAAAUGAAGUCUGGCGAAAGAUGACGGCCGAAAAUAAGAAGGAAUUUUCCCCAUCUACCUGUGUUUAUACKAGCUGUUACUGUGAAGAAAAUGUUUGGAAACUAUGUGAAAGAAUAAGAGACGAGGGAACCACUGAUAUCAAUGAAUAUAAUGUUGUUUUUAUAUCAAAUCAUGGAAGACAUGUACCCYUAUGGAUGCAGAAAUCUGCUAAAGACACUCUAGCUCCUGUUGUGUGGGACUACCAUGUAAUUUUGAUAUGGAAAACAUCAGAUGGUCGUGUCCUUGUUUAUGACCUGGACUCCAUACUUCCAUUUCCUUGCGUCUUUGAUCAGUUCAUUGAACGAGCAAUUCAAAGUGAUAAACAGCUUAAAAAGCAGUUUCACAGGAAGUUUCGAGUUAUACCAGCAAGAACAUUCUUGCAACRUUUUGCAUCAGAUAGAUCCCACAUGAAGAAACCAAAUGGAGAGUGGAUUAAAGAUCCGCCAGCCUACCCACCUAUCAGAACAACUGAAUGCRUAAUGAAUUUAGAUGACUUUAUCGAUAUGACRCCGCUCACUGGAGAGGGAGAGGUCAUGGACUAUAAAUCAUUCGUCAAGCAAUUUUCUGGAACAUAAGAGAAGACACAAGACAUUUUCUAUAAAACUAAAUGCUAAGAAACAUCAGCUAGAUAAGUUCUUUCUUUCUCAAUCACCUUGAUAUCAAGUCACUUGGAACUAGCCUACUCCYUUCACAUCUYUUCUUUCUCCUGUGRGAUUCCUUUGUAAURGUCAUAUUGACUGUUAUAGACUAGCGCCYYUCCUCUCUUGCUCUUGCUUUCAUAGACCUUUUCUGAAAUACAAAAUCUGAGUUUCACAACAAACAACACCAUAUUUGGCAACAUGAACCGAAGAUGUUAGUACUGAAUCUAGACCACAAUGCAAUGCAAACUGCUAUCUCAGAAAAGGCCUAUUCUCCCUCUUUUGCUAGCUCCCAGAAAAAAGACAGGAAGCCCAUGACUCGUAUUUAUGAUUGUGGAGGUAACAGUARUAAACAUUUCUUGAGCUCUAGGCAAACAGCUAUUUUGUCCACCUAAUUUGAGUCUUUAGGAAUUUAUAAGAGCCUGUAAUUGCAUACAAAUUGACAUGAAAACGAAGCACUAUAACCACUCAUUAAGGUCUUGGGUUGCCUGUGCUGGUCCGUACACAGAGCUAAAUUAUAUUUAACGUUUAGCAGCGUAGGUUAAAAAGGUAACACGGUUUUUGCUGAGUAAAUCAACCAGCAUAUUAACACUAUAAUUAUUUUCAUCUUCAGUUCAAUUUAGAUACCUAGCUUUUUUCACUGAAUUUGUGUUAUAAAAGAUACACUGAAAGUUUAUCCAACAUGAAAAAUAAUUUGUAAAUGAUUUCACUAGGACAUGUAUAUAAAGUAUUGUUACUUUAAAGUUGA